AUGGAACUUAAUGUGUUAGAGCAUAGUAGUAAUAAACAGGCAGAAGUGCACACACCCUCGUACAGCUGUGCGUUUAACUUGGUUGAUGAUCAAGAUGAGCUGGGGCUAGAGUUUAGGGGUCAGUUCCAGGCAUCUGGGACCGCAACUAGACGAAGUAGAUCUCUUUUACCUACUGCCCUUGUUCAAUUGGAGAUCAAUGGUAUUGAAAUUGGGCCAUUCUACGCAUUGUUGGAUUCAGGAGCACAGCCAAAUCUGAUUUCGCAUAACAUUUUCAAGGCAUAUCAAUUGCCUGCGGCUAAUGUCUGCAGGCACAUGGUGGGCAUAGAAGGGCAACCAUUUGUUGUCAAAAAGAAAAUAAGUGCUAGGGUUAUGCCAUGGUAUGAGUCGCGUCAAUAUAUUGAGGCAGAGUUUUGGAUAUUGCCUGGACAGGGUGGGCUGAAGCUAGUAGUGCCAUCUGGUCAGUCCAGCUUGACCAGAUUGGCGAAUCCGGGACAAGUGCCAUUUGCUAAUCCUUGUUAUUGGGAAUCACGUGAGGUGCAGAUUGUGCUAGGCGUGCAAGUGUUUGCAAAGUGUCUGAUUGGAUUAAUAGCCAGAAACUCGGAUAACACUACCAUGAUUGAAACGACGUUUGGUAUUGUUGUGCUUGGGCCAUACAUUGAGCCAAUGAACUAUGAGACUGGGACUGCUUUCUCCACUAUAGGUUGCAUUAGUCUUGAAGAGCUAGAUAAGAAAGUACAGCGAUUGUGGGAAAUGGAUCACGUCCGUGACUCACCAAUCCGAACAAAAGAGCAAGAGAUUGUUGAGCAGAUGUUUAUAGAUACGUAUUACCGGGAUGAUUUUGGACGCUUUGUGGUGACAAUCCCCAUAAAAAGUGCUAGUAGAUUAGGAAGCUCCCGUUCAAUUGCAUUAAAACAGUUUUUCUAUUUGGAAAAGAGAUUAGCUAGGGAACCCGAAAUUGCUCGGAAAUAUAUAGAUUUUAUGCGCGAGUAUGAGCGACUUGGACACAUGAAAGAGGCUCAGAAUAGUCCGCCUCCUAGUGAGCUAGUGUACUAUAUUCCACACCAUUGUGUGCUUAAGAAAUUUCGUGUUGUAUUCAACGCUAGUUGCAAGACCGAUGCAGGAGUUUCUCUAAAUGAAGUUCAAAUGCUUGGUGAGAAGUUGCAGCGUGAUCUUCCCGACAUUAUAAUGCGUUUUAGGCGGCAUAAAAUUGGAAUAAGCUGUGACGUGAAAAUGAUGUUCAGACAAAUACGAAUUAUUGAGAGCCAGUAUGACUUACAGCGGAUAUUUUGGCGGGAGAGUCCCAGAGAGAAGUUGCGUGAAUACUGCUUAACAGUGGUUACAUAUGGGAUGACUGCAUCAGCACAUUUAGCAGUGCGUUGCUUAAUUCAGGCAGCUAGGGAUCAGUUGGAAUAUUUUCCAUCAGCAGCUAGAGCUAUUAUUGAUGAUUUUUAUAUGGAUGAUGGAAUUACAGGGGCAAGUAAUGAUGACGAAGCGAUCAGAUUAGCUAGAGAAAUGAGAUUCGUGCUAGGUAGUGCUGGUAUGGAACUAUGUAAGUGGCAGUCCAAUAGCAAAGUGCUAGUAAAUGCUUUCCAAUCAAAAGAACCGAAUACAUUGUUGCUGUCCGAUAAUGCGGAUACAUCGGUGCUAGGCUUGAAGUGGCAUACUGAUAGCGACGAAUUUACAUUUGUGGUGAAGACGCCAGAGGUAUCUGUGGUGAUUAGCAAGCGAAUUGUUCUAAGUUGUGUUGCACAACUUUAUGAUCCAAAUGGUUAUAUAACACCAGUUACAUUUAUUGGAAAAAUAAUAGUGCAAGAUUUGUGGAGACUGAGCAUGGGAUGGGACGAGCAGGUUCCUCAGAGCAUUAAAGAUAGAUGGCUAGAAUUCUGGAAAGAUAUUUCGGAGCUAGAAAGAUUCAAGUUACCUCGAUAUAUUCGUGUAUCAAACGAUGCAACUAUUCAGUUGCAUGGAUUUGCGGAUGCAUCUGAGAAAGGCUUCGGGGCAGUGAUUUAUGUGCGAGUUGUGUCCAGUCUGGGAAUGAUAAGUUCUGAGUUGCUAAUUUCCAAGGCUAGAGUUGCGCCAUUGAAGACAAUAACAAUUCCUAAACUUGAGCUUGCUGCUGCUGAGCUUUUAGGUAGGUUAUACUUGAGCGUUGUACGGAGCAUGGAAUGGCAGGCAGUAGACUAUGUGAUGUGGUCGGAUUCAACCAUAGUCCUGCAUUGGCUACGGAAAUUGCCGUGCCAGAUGAAGGUCUAUGUAGCAAAUAGGGUGGCGUCUAUUCAGGCGAAUACUGACAUCAAUAAAUGGCGACAUGUGAAAACAAGUGAUAAUCCAGCUGAUCUUCUUACUAGGGGUAUGAGCGCUAGUGGAAUUGUGGGCCAUCAAUUAUGGUUGCAUGGUCCCAGUUGGCUUAGGCAACCAAGCAAGGAAUGGCCAAAAGGUGGUUUUGGGUAUGAGCAUAUACCUGAAGGAACCUUGCCGGAGCUGAAAGUGCAUAUUGCAGUUGAAGCAACUCCAACAUGGAGCAUUAAGAGCAAUGGUAAUGCGGAAAGUGUUCCGCUGGUACAAUGUGCUAGUUCAUUGGACAGAUUAAUUGGGAUCAUGUCGCAAGUGCUAAGAUUUGUGCGUCUGUUGAGAGCAAAGGGUAAUCGACAGCUUCGAAAGUCAAGCCGUGGAGACUUUCAUAUUCCGGUGCCUACUGCUGAAGAAAGGUCUAGGGCUUUAGAGCUGAUGAUUAAAGAAACGCAAGAGCUGGAAUAUCUAAGGGAGAUUCGUGCCUUGUCCAGGGACACACCGAUGCCUGAAGGAAGCAAAAUUGAAUCACUAAAGCCAACGUUAGACAGAAAUGGCCUUCUGCGCGUAGGUGGUAGAAUCGGAAGAGCAGAAUGUGAUUAUGAAAUGAAGCAUCCGGUAAUUAUUCCAUCUGGUUCCAGCUUGAGUCAGCUGAUUAUAAGUAAAGCGCAUCAGGCCACUAAACAUGGUGGCGCUCAGGUGAUGAUGCAAUACAUUCGACAGCGUUUUUGGAUACCGCGCUUACGAAGUGAGCUUAGGAAAUUCACGCAUAAGUGCGUCACAUGUGCUAGAUAUGCCAAAAGGUUAAGUGAGCAGCUGAUGGCUGACUUGCCAGCGGAUCGGUUGCAAGUCGGGAAACCAUUUCUACACUCAGGUGUGGAUUAUGCGGGACCUUUUGAAAUCAGACAGCUAGAUAAAAAUGGGCGUUGCGUAGUAAAACGGAAGAGCUGGGUAGCCAUAUUUGUGUGCUUAAAAACAAGAGCUGUGCAUAUUGAUAUGAUCACUGAUCUGAGUGCUAGAGCCUUUAUAGCUUGUUAUGAGCGAUUCAUUGCAAGGCGCGGGAGAUGUGAGAGAAUGUACAGCGACAAUGGGACAUCAUUUGUUGGUGCUUCAAAGGAUAUCGCUAGAGCUUAUGAGCGCUGGAGAGCUAGUGAUAUGUUUUCUGAGCUAGUGCUGAAGGGGACUGAAUGGCAUUUUAUGACCCCAGCUGCACCACAUCAAGGUGGUAUUUACGAGGCGGCCGUAAAGUCAAUGAAACAUCAUUUAACGCGUGUUAUAGGGCAAAAGUGCCUGGAAUAUGAGCAAUUUCUAACGCUUCUAGCACAGAUAGAAGCAAUUUUGAAUUCGCGCCCGCUAUACCCAUUGAGCGAUGAUCCUUUGGAUGUGCAAGCCCUAACGCCGGGCCAUUUUCUGGUGGGUGAACCUCUGGUUCUCCCUCCUCCAUUCGAUAUAGCGCCACAACCAGGCACCAAAGGGCGGAAGCUAUGGCAAGAAAGACAGACCAUGGUAACUCAUAUAUGGCAACGUUGGCGAAAUGAGUAUCUUACAACCUUGCUGGAGAGGAAGAAGUGGCGCAAGGAGCAAGAAAGCCUAAAGAUCGGCCAGCUAGUCAUCAUCAAGAGUGAAAACUUUCCACCAUCCGCUUGGGCUUUAGGAAGAGUUAGUGAGCUGAUAAUGAGCAAAGAUGGGCUAGUGCGCAACGUGGUUGUGCGAACAGCUACUAACGAGCUAGCUCGGCCAGUACAGAAGAUUUGCGUCUUACCGGUCGAUACGAGUGCUAAUACUGAAUAA